AUGAGCAAUCAAGAGAAUGUGUCUGCUGUCACUGUCCCGGGUAAUGUCCAUGUCAUCCAGCCUACAUAUGCUGUGGUCUCUGGAAGCCAGGAGCAGCCUUUGGAAAAGACCACCUCCUACCCAGCCUCAGCAACGGUGCUCCAGUAUAACCCAGGGAAUGCAAACUUCCAGAACCCACACCUUGUGAUCCAGAAUCCAGCUGGAAUGACAGGCCAGCAGGCUAGACCCACUGGACUACAGUAUCCGGCAGGAAUGGCUGGUGUGCAGACUCCACCAGGAGUAAUCCAGUACUCACCAGAAAUAACAAGUGUCCAGAUCCUGCCUGGAGAACCUCAGAAUCCCCUGAACACUGUCCCUGGACCAACACAGACCUCAAGCCAUCCCCAGUGGAACAUGUCCUUUAUGUCCUUUCCUGAAUUUAACCCCAAGAAAUUCAUAAAUGAAGAGGUCAGGACAUUAGGGGCCAUCCAGAUCCUCAUCGGCCUAUUUCAUAUCUUCUCUGCAAUCAACCCUCUACUCUACAAUUCUCUUUCUCCGCUGGGGUUCUCAGGGUACCUGAUCUGGGGAGGUCUGUCUUUUAUCAUCUCUGGAUCCUUGUCAGUCUUGGCUGAAAAAGAUACCAACAGUUGCGUGGUGAACAGCAGCAUUGGCAUGAAUGUCGUCAGUUCCAUCUUCUCUUUGAUUGGCAUCAUCAUCAUCAUCAGUGAUUUGUGUAUUUCCCAAUCGAUUUAUGAAAAAGCAAUCUCUGGUGGCCUCUUCCCCUUUGCCCUCCUGGAAUUCAUCCUCACCUGUGUGGCCUCACAUUUUGGAUGCCAGGCUGUCUGCUGGACCCAUUUUGAGAACAUGACAAUUCCAACCAUGUUUGGUGGCAGCACAGUCAACACGACCACUGGACCUGUCAACACCACCAGCCCAAACGCUGCCACCAACAUCCCAGGCCAGCCCACCCUCCCCAGUGAUGUUCCCUCUGAACAAUUAUACCAACAUGUAGCUGAUCAUGCCCAGAAAUAGUUGUCGGGAUAGCUGGCACAAUGCUCAUUUCAACCACAAGGAAACACUGCUACAACAGCAUCUUUGUUUCACCACAAAACACCUAUGACCUUGACCUUGGCGUCACCUCCAGGCCAAGAGGAACAUCCAUUUGUACACCUCUUCACUCUUAA